AUGCCAUCACGUCCGGCUUCUCCAUCGCCCUCGAAUGGCAGUCGUCCCAAUAGUGAUUCUGAGGAUCAAGAUAACUUUGACUCGGUUUCUUUACGCUAUGGAGUCGUCGAAGCGGAGCCCAGCAUCUAUUUUCUGCAGGGAGAUCGCGUAUAUAACAACACAUCCUGGGCUUAUCGCAUGCCCGCGGACGAUGCGGAGACACAGGUUAUAGCAUGGCAGAACACCAUCUCACGCCAGCUAUCAGAGAGUCUCCCUGGCCUUUUUCGAGGUCCCGUCUCUGAGACCAUCUUGAUGGCCGGAACGACCUGUCGAAUACUGGACAUCGGGUGUGGUAGCGGUAUCUGGCUUCACGAAAUGGCCGAGAGAUAUCCACAGACGGACUGCGUCGGUAUAGACCUCGUGCCGGCCUCGCACGAUCAUCAUCUCUCAAAUUGGCAAUACAUGUUCAUGGAAGUCCCUACCGGUAUCAAAGUCCUUCCUGACGGUUCAUUCAACAUCAUACAUAUCCGACAAAUGUUGCAUGCAGUUCCAGAUUACAAAGCUUUACUCCUCGAAGCGUUCCGUCUGUUACGUCCAUCGGGCCUCUUGCUCAUUCACGAGCCUCGACUUCAUCUACUGAGCGCAUGGGAGGAGUACGACGCACUGGAUUUAGCCCCUGGCGUAGCAAGGUAUUACUCCCUGUUAUCUUCCGCGCUUGCUUAUCGCGGGGUCAAUAUGGAUACAUUCGACCGGGUGAACAAUUUCCUCACAGAAGUGGGAUUUGGAGAAGAGUAUAUCGAUUACUACCAACAUUAUCGAGCGCCGUGUGUGAAUGAUCCCUCGUUGGGAACGUCGAAUGAAGCCGAUCACACUUUGGGUUAUAUGCGGGCCACACGACUCAUUCUAAUGGAAGCUCGGGUGAUAGACGAUGACGAGUUCGAUAAGUUGUUGACGCAGGUGGCGGAAGAACUGGCGGGCAGGUCAAAAGGUGAAGCUGGCCCUGAUGCCGCAAAGGCCAUUCUGUCAGAGUGGGGCUACUGGUGGGCGAUGAAGACUUGA